GGAAGAGAGGAUGUGAGGGACUCUUAAAUCCUAAUCCAACUAAACCAACAACCAUUAAUAUAUAUAAUUUAAUUUAACACUCCUUUCAUCGUUUCGUUUCAUUUCAUUUCAUUUGUAUUUCCGUUUCAGAUAAUCCCAAACCCAUAAACACUUCAACAGAGAUCAUAUGUGAAUUUUUCCGCCAUGACCAGAAUUUUUCCGCCAUAAUCUUUAAAGUUAUAGUUUUUAUGGUUGAUUCUACAAACCCCAUUUUUCUCCCAACGUCUUUGAAUUGCCGCAAUCCAUCUGUGAGUUUUCUUGCUGCAUUUACGCUUACGUAACAGCAUAAAAACCAAUCUUUUACAAUUUUUGUUUUUCGUUUUGUCCAAGUUCGGAAUCCACUUGUGAUUUUUGCCACUCUUGUAGUUAGGGUUUUGUUAAUGGCUCUCACGUGCUCUAGAUGAUUAAGAACAAGAUUCAAAAUACGAAUCAAGAUAUAAUCUUUAUUCAACUUGGAAAGUUUCGUGUCCUACCCAAACAGUGUCACCUUAUACACUUCUGAAUUCUCACUCUUAUAGUCUCUCAAACAUUAAGAACGAUCCCUCUUGGAUCCAACAGAGACAUUCAGUAUCUGGCAUUCUGGAAGAUGAACCAACAGAAUCAAGGAUCAGGCUCUCAAUCGAAUGUUCCAAUGAAACGAAAACGUGGUCGACCGCGGAAAGAAGAAAGCAUGGUUCAGGUGGAGAAUGCGCCUGCAAUGCCUGGUUCUGACAAUGUGUUGAACUCCAACCAAACAGCAGGCACAACUGAUGAUUGUGUGGAUGAAAUGGUGGGGAAGGUGGUCACUGGGGUCGUUGAAGGCACUUUUAAAGCUGGAUAUCUUCUUAAAGUGAAGCUGGCAGACACUGAUGCUAUUUUAAGAGGUGUUGUGUUUCUACCAGGCCAAGUUGCUCCAAUUACUGCAGAAAAUGAUGUGGCUCCACAUAUCACAAUGACCAAAAGGAAAGACGUUCCCAUUCCAGUUCUUAACCCUCAGACCGAGACACAUGAUUCUGUUCCCUCAUCAGUCCAAUGCAGCAAGCCAUCUUUUGAGCCAGAAUUACAGGUGCCUAUGUCUGAAGAUCAAGUGCUACCAACUGAGAUCCAUUCUGGCAUCUCAGUUUCACUUGAGAAUCAACCUGCCUCUACUUUGAUACCCGUUGCUGACUUUCCAAAGAAUGAAACUUCUAUUUCCAGUGGAGGAAUUCCACAAGGAACAUCAGACCCUGUGCAUGUGAUUUUGUCCGCCUCUAUCAUAUCAGAGUUGGAAUGUGACAAAACUGUUAAACAAGGUGAAACAUUGAAUGAACUUGAUGCUUCCGCACAAGUAAAAGAAUCCAGUGCUGAUGGAGGAACAACAAAAGACUCUAAACCCAUCAACAUAGUUCCAACAAUCGAAAACAGUGAUAAGGAGCUCAGAACUGGACAGCAGCAGGCUGUGCAUCAGCUGAAUGAGGUGAUUCAUGAUGAAGCAAAUAGAUCAAAUAUCGAACUCAACCAAAUCCCUGUAUCGGCUGAACCUGAAUCCAUGCCAUCUGAACAGACUAGCAAAUCUGUUGAUUACUUUGUGGAGAAGCAGGCCUCGCCAAAAACAGAUGUACUGGAAGAUACAAAGACAAAGCUUGCUCCUGAGACCUCAAACUUAAAUGGAAGACCAAGUACUGGUGUUGCUAAUAUUCUCGAUGCAGGAUCAAACCAUGCACAUGAGACCAGCCAACCUGAAUCCCUUCCUUCUCAACAGAUUGGUGAAUCUGUUCCUGCUGACUCUAAGUCUUUACCUGAAGGAUGUGAUUUCCAGCAGAAGAGUGAUCCCCAGAUUGAUGAGUCUGUUCCUUCCGAGUCCAAGUUUUCAUCUGAAGCAUGUGAUUUCCAGCAGAAGAGUGAUCUGCAUAGUGAUUUCAAUCAACCUCCUGAAUCUUUAGUUAAAUCAGUGGAAUCUGAAAUCCAGACUGGAUCUUCUUGAAAAUCUAGUUGGAAAAGAUGGAGAAGGUGGUCUGGCAUGGUUGGAGUCUAGGCCUUAGAAUAAACAAGUACAGUAUUCAUCUGAUUUUGACAGUUUUAUUGGAAUCUUGAUGGUUUUUUUUGAAGUAUUGCCCUUUGCUCUACUUUUGUUUUGCUGUCACUUUUCGAAUAAAUACUUUCCAAUAUAAAGAUAAAAACCCUAUAAUAUUUUUACAUCUUACCUGUGAUAUCUGAAUACAUGGUAUUGGGGGAGAAUGUACACUGUUGGGUUAUUGACAGAGAUAGAUAAUAUAUGAG